AUGGAGGAGGUCGCUGAGAAUGUAAAGCUAGUGCUUAAAGGAAAUAAAUGGUUGAAGCAAAAGGAGAGUCCUUUCGUGACCUUGGCACAGGAGGGUAUAAGAGCAGAGGAGCUACUAGGGGAAGGGGCUUUUGCCAAAGUGGUUUCCGCAUAUCACGAGAAACUGAAAAGAAAGGUCGCAGUCAAAAUUACUGACAAGCGAAAAGCUCCGGCGGAGUACCUCGAAAAGUUUCUUCAGCGGGAGAUAAAUGCGAUUUGUGAACUCGAUCACCCCAAUAUUGUAAAAUUACUGGGGAUUUAUGAAUCUACUGAUCGCAUUUUCAUGGUUAUGGAGCUAUGUGAAGGUGGUGAUCUUCUUGAUUUCGUUAACGAGCAAAAGUACAGAAGUGAAAUGGAAGUAAAGAGACACUUUCAAGAACUGUCAUUGGCUAUCUACCAUACACAUCAGCGAGGUGUUGUGCAUCGCGAUUUGAAGCUUGAAAACCUCAUUCUCGAUUUUCAAGGAAAUCUUAAAGUUACAG